AUGAAUUUCAAGGCUGUUCGACUAGGACUGAUAUCUCAACAUAUCACAGAAGGCUCUAAGUGCAUUUAUGGAUUUGUGGAUAUAUCCGGACAUACAGUACAAGAUAUAGAGAAAUUCAACGACAAGUUAAGAUCGAAAAUCCUAUCUCUGGAAAUCAAGUUUGCCGAAAGAAGAGUGGCACAACUCGAAAGAAAACUGAAGGAGUGUAUGGGUGCCCUAAGAAAUCAAAUUCCCCCUGACGUCUUCAAUGAAUAUCAGGCAAGACAAAUAAGAUCCUACAAUGGACGUUUUAAUAAAGUUAGGAAUGUUCAAAGGAGUAAAUUUGACAGACUUAUAAAAAAGCAUAUUUCGAAGCUGUCCAUGAAGCAGUCUUGGCUGGUAAACCUCUCUGGUGUGGAGUUACCCGAGGGUGUAAAGACAAUGCUGUCACUAGGUCCCAAGUUUGGAGUCCCUCCACACAACAACCAGAUAUCCAUAAAAAAGAUUUUAUCGGAUGUAGAAUAUAUCAUAAGCGAUUUGAGCGAGAGAACUAGAGAUAUUAUUAGGGCUCAAACCACCAACAUAAUUACAAACUUCCACUUCAACAAUAUAAGAAAACCAAGCUAUUUAUAUUCAUUAUAUAAAGAAACCAGGAACUUCCUCAGAUCAAGAGAUGACUUGUUGGUGUUAAACUCAGACAAAGGUAAUGUGAGCGUUCUGAUGACAUCUGUGGACUAUUUUGAGAGAUGCGAUACGCUGGUAAACGAUGGACAGAUAUAUGAACUUUUGAAUAGAGACCCCACCAACCAAAUCGAAACAAAGAACAAUAAGCUGGUUAAAUUCCUAAAAGACUCGAAAUUUGUCGAUGUCUCUGAAGCAAGGGACCUCAUGUCAUAUGAUACUGUACCCCCACGAUUCUACGGCCUACCCAAGCUACAUAAAGAAGGAAUUCCUAUGCGACCGAUUGUGAACACCAUAGGUUCCCCUACAUCCAAACUGAGUAAAUAUAUGGCCAACAUCCUGAAGAAAUCAUUCUCAGACUAUAUGGAAUUUUCGGUAAUAAUUUCUAAGAAAUUUGCAGAGGAGAUAAAUGGCUUCAAACUACCCGACGAAUAUGAGCUAAUCUCCCUGGACGCAGUGUCACUAUUUGCCAAUAUUUCAGUGGAGCUUGUAAUAGAGAUUAUUGACCAGGAGUGGGAUUUAAUUCUCCCAAACACAGAAAUUCCAGAGGAGACAUUUAUCGACAUAAUAGAGUUCAUUUUUCAGUCCAACUAUUUCAUAUAUAAGGGCAACUUCUAUAGACAGAAAUUUGGUUGCCCGAUGGGUAACAGUCUGAUUCCCAUUUUAGCAAACAUGGUGAUGUCCUACCUCCUCAAGUUCACAUUGCCUAGAUUAUCAUUCAGGCUUCCAUUCGUUCGCCAAUACAUGGAUGACCUGAUCUUCUCUAUUCCAGUUGGAAAAGAUCUAGAAGUCUUAGAGAAGUUCAAUGAUUUUGACAACAAUAUCAAGUUCACGAUAGAAAAAGAGAAAAAUGGUACAGUACCUUUUCUGGAUACAAAGCUUUGCAGAGGUGAGGAUGGUACAAUAAGGUUGGACUGGUAUCAAAAACCAAUGAGCUCAGGUAGAUACAUAAACUAUGCCUCAUAUGCAGACAUAUCAUCAAAAACAAACAUUAUCCUGGGCCUGAAGAAGAGAAUCUUGGAGAUAACACACGAGACCUUCAAAAAACCAGCAAUUGCCAGACUCAAGAAUAUACUGGCCGACAAUGACUACCCCAACAGACUCCUACAGAAUCUACUAAACACAGACCACUAUCCCAUCAUUAGAGAAGAAAGGGAAGAAGAAAACCAAGACCCAGAGGCUUCAAUCAAGUUUGGCUCACUGCCUUACAUCAGGGAGCUAACCCCGGAACUUCUGAAGUUGUUGAGACCACAUGUGAAUAUGAAAAUAGGGAAAUACAACAUGGUAACAAACAGACAAUUUUUCAAGACAUCUCAAGAUAAAAUAGAUAAAAACAAACGUAAGAACAUUGUCUACAAGAUUAACUGUAGACACUGCCCCCCGACCUAUAUUGGACAAACCUCACAGUCCUUGGGGAGGAGGAUGACACUCCACAGAAGCGAUUCGAGAUUGAGACCUGAGCGCUGUGCACUUGCGAGACACGUUAACUCCACAGACCAUCAAAUGGAUUAUGAAAGUGUUGAAAUCCUGGACCAAGAAAGUAACUACAACAAGCGCAUCUUCUUGGAAAUGUGCUAUAUCAAGGAAAAUAAUGCGAUGAAUGAUAGAUCCGACACUAACAACCUGAGCAGUAUAUACAGUUUCUUACUUACUUGUGACAGAAAACUAUCUAGUGCCGCCACUGCCUCGACUUCGACUGUGUGA